UAUGUACCUUAGGUAGCCACACAACCACCAAUAAUCUCAACCUUUCGCCUACUUAUACUAAGUUAUGUUAGACACAAUCCAUUUAAACUUAACAUUCUCUGUAGUAGGGACGAUAGACUGUCGCUAUGAAUCCUCUAUCAAAACCAAAGUUCAUCCGCCCGAAUCUAGUUCGAGUCUCCCUGGAGACCUCUGCGCUUGAAUAUAUUUCGCGGAAACAACGGGAUGCUAGACAAAUUAUCUACUGUCUCGAGGUGCAAGUUUCUGUUCUGGUCGCGAAUAUAGAAAAGGACUCUCGAUAGAAAAGACGACUGGGUUGAGUUGGAUAGGUGCGGGUCAUUUCAAUCUUCGAUGGGGAACGACGCCUCAAAAACGGGUUCUACACCUGCCAAUACCGACGAAAAUAGACACGAGUCCUCACAAGAGCCCUCUCUUGCCUCACUCCCAGCUUCUCUAGAUCAAAGCACCAUGAGCAGGCUAGAGUGUAAGCGAUAUCAGGUACCUAUUGCCAUCACAACAACAAACACAGAAGAAUUAGCGAGAGCGAGCACAGGAAGAUUGAAGGACCUCGAGCAUCACCGAGAUCCCAUCGACACUACUAUCAACGGCACUCACACAACAAACCUCAGUAGAUUACCGCAAGAUAGUCGACAACUUGAAAGCGUCUUGGGAAAUAUGUCGGAAAGGGAUGGAGCUAUCUCCACAAGCACCGAUCAAAGCCAUCAAUCCCCUGAGUAUCGAAGGGAGUCUACUACGAGUACCCAGGAAAAUCCUAGUACAUAUGAGAAGAGAAGCCCACGCAACGGAAAGUACCUAACAGUGCCCAACUUAUACCAAGAUCGCGAGCAGCCUAGGUGCCCGGCGUGCAGAUGGACGCUGCUCGGCAAGCCUUGGACUUCGCCGAGCCUCCCGAUUAUCGCAGUCACGGAUCUGAAUGGCGUGGUAAGAUACCCCUACGACCACAUGUAUUAUACGGAUGAGUCGGAUGAGAGUGACGAUUCGGAUGUUUGGGAUUGAGGGUAUGUGACGAGGUCCGUUUAGGGAGGUUUUUUUGUCAUUGUCCUUGUUCUGGUUGUUGGAAAUGUUGGAAAAGGGGACAUUUCGCCGUCGACUUUAUGAUGGUCAACAAAUGAAGGAUUGGCCUUAUCGUUACGGUGUCAAUACUCGAAUAUCGUACGUGCUAGGUUUGCUAGAGAUGGAAUUCGAUAGUCUCGAGGAGAUCCUAGAUAAAUGUACGAGUCGGUCUACCUAGGGUUAUGAGGCCCCCUGGGUUACCUCUCGAGAAGGAUGGCUUCCUAUGGUAUCGAAAGAUAGAGAGCAGUUGAGCAGUUGAACAUUAGAAGUAUUGGGAUGGUCUUUCUACAGCUUGUAUGAUAACUGAAUGGAUAAAACAAUAGAGACAAAAAAGACAAAAAGACAAAAUUCGUUGCAAGAUAGGUACCUAACAAGAAUGGGGGAAGGAGCCAUCUACUAUGUACACUUGAUGCUUAUCUGAAACGACCAAGUAUCUUCAUUA